AUUUGAUACAUUGGAAAGCCGGCACCAUCUACUCUUAUCUUGAAGUUUGACAAAAUCUUUCUUUAAGAUUUAUUGUUUCCAUACACUUGAAAUAUGAUCUGCGAGUGUACAGAUGAGAAAGAAGGAAUUUUGAGCCGUUACAUUAUUGAAUCGAAUAUGUAAAGAGUUCAGUAUACAUUUAUUUCCAGUUUAUUGAACCAGCAUUGUUAAGAUUAAGAGAGUCAUUAUACCUAUAGUGCGAAGGAGAGCAGGAUGAUUUAUUCAUUUAUCUUCAGAAUUAUUUCUAGGCCUUCAUCUUAUUCACUUCUGUAGUGAUUUGUUGUGGAAAGCAAUAAAUCCUUGAUUCAGACUCAGAACAUGGCCACCUCACUCAAUAUCGAUCAAGAAACUUCAACCAAUAAGGCGAAUGUAGAGGCUUAUAGACUUCGUUCGAACAUAGCUCAGAUUGUGGCGACCUUGGGAUUUUGUAUUCUCCUGGCAGCCGUCGGCCUAAUAUUUUGUAUGCCAACUAUUGUGAUUGGUGGACUUUUAGGAAUCGAUAAUGAGAUAUCUCUCAAUGAAAAUUAUGCUUCUUGGUUCGGUAGUAUGGUAUUUAUGACGCAGCCAAUUGGCAGUUGUGUAUCGGGUUUUCUGCAAGACAGAUUCGGAAGGAAGAGCAUGAUGGCAUCCACCAUUCCUCAGAUGAUUGGAUGGAUUGUUUUGUACUAUUCGACAAGUGUUGCGCAACUGUACGCGGCAUCAACCUUGAUGGGGAUGAGUAUUGGUUUCAUAGAGGCUCCAGUUUUGUCGUAUAUUGGCGAAGUGACCGAGCCGAGAAUGCGUGGACCUAUGUCAGUGCUUGGGGGCUCGUUUGCUGGCAUUGGCAUACUCAUUGAGUGCUUUUUUGGUGCGAUGACUGACUGGAGAUCUGCAUGUGCCAUCAGCGCCACCUUUCCUGUUAUGGCCUUCAUUGCCCUCUCUUUCAUUCCAGAGUCACCCGUGUGGCUGAUAUGUGUUGGGAGAAUAGCAGAGGCUGAACAGGCUCUUUGCUGGUUGAGGGGGUGGGUGCAUCCUGCCUGUGUACGCCAGGAGUUCCUGUCAACUCUCACCUACUUGAACUCACCGUGUGCCCACGAGUUGACUGAUAUCUCCAACGAUAAUAUGGCCAUGAAGGAUUUCAAGAAAAAAGAGAAGAUAAAACUAUCUCACGGAGUCAUGGACAACUUACUGAUGUUCACCCGCCCGACAAUCUAUAGACCGUUUACGUUGGUUUUCAUUUAUUUUUUUGUGUCGCAUGCAGUAUCUCUUUUGGGAAUGAGACCUUUCCUAGUAAAGAUAUUUGAAGAUAUGGGAAUGCCAAUGAGUUCGCAUUGGGUUCUGGUGAUAUCGAGUGGCUUGCAGGUGGUGGGAAGUGUGACAUGUAUGCUGACAAUGCAUCUAUUCGGAAAAAGGCACAUCACUUUCCUCUCUCUGUCAGUCUCGGUGGUCAGCUGCAUCUUGCUGGGCAUUUUGCUAAUGAUGCAAGCAGAGCAUCCUUGGAUUGCAUUUUUCCUUUUCACGUUGAUCUUCUUUGCAACAGGUUUUGGAGUUUGUCCUGUGCCCUGGGUGCUUCUCAGUGAAAUCUACCCUGUUGAGGGGCGAGGUCUAGCUGGAGGAGCGUCAGCCGCCUGUUACUACUUUCUCGGAUUCAUAGUAACAAAAAGCUACAUAAAUCUAGUCCACUUGUUUGAUGUGUAUGGCACAUGCUUUAUUUAUUCGGCAUUUGGACUCAUUGGGUUUGUGUAUCUUUACAUGAAGCUGCCUGAAACCGAGGGAAAAACAUUGCAAGAGAUCGAAGAUUUCUUCAAAGAUAAAAGUCCCAAAAAGAAGCAUCAAGUAAAUUUUGCUGAUAAGUUAUGAUAAAUUAUGUGAAUUAAAAAAAUGUACAGUAUGACUGUUA